CUUGAGACUCUUGAUCUGUACAUUUAUAUAAACGAGUGCAUGUUCUGUAGAGCUUAGAGUAAACUACUACAACCAACAAGACUAUAGUAAGAACAAAACAUCGCUACAAAGUGAAAAUGUACGGACUAAACUAUUCAACUGUUGCAAUUCUGCUGAUUCUAUGUGUACCAGGAUGCUACUUGGAACUGGAUGCAGUUCGUACUCAACCUGAAAGAUGUACUCUACCUAAACCAGCAAAGACGAUGGAGUGCCCUGAAAAUAAAACAAGCCGUUGGUUCUUCCACGAAACAAAGGGAUGCAAGAGAUCCGGCUUUUGUGCCCCCGAAGACACAAGUGUCUAUGACGUACGAAAUGACCAGAACUACUUCCUGACUAGAGAAAGUUGUGCAGAAAACUGCCAUAUGCAUGUGAGAUGUCCCACUUUGAACCCUGUUGCCAACGGUAUCGUCAGCAAUGAUGGAAUUGGUUAUUGGGUGAGCAGUGUGACCUAUAGUUGCAACAAAGGCUUUAUCCUCUCCGGAAGAGCAGUCAGAACUUGCGAGAGUAAUGGACAAUGGACAUCAGAAGCCCCUUCAUGCAUAGCAAAAUGCCCCAAGCCUAACACAGAUGGUCAGUUUACCUUCUCUCCUCUGCAAGAGUUCUACACACCUGGGGACACUAUUGUGUAUGCUUGUGAGCACGGCUUUGGACAAGUGGGGGACAAUGAGGCCCGGACUUGUCUUGAAGAUGGUACCUGGUCGGGCAAAGAAGCUUCCUGCGAAGUGGAGUUACAGUGCUCCAAAGAUGCCCUGAGGCCUAUUCAACAUGGAUCAAGGAUUGCACAGAAUUCCACCAGUGUAGGAUCAACAGUGUCCUUUACCUGUAAUGAUGGCUACAUAAUGGAGGGCAUUGACACCAUCCAGUGCGAGAGGUCAGGAGUGUGGAGUGGAGACCAACCUACCUGUUGGAAGAUUAUUAUUCAAAUGUGUGAGGAGGACAACCCUGCCCACGGUGGUAGUGAUGUUACCAACGUAACUAUCCCAAUCCAACAAGGCGAAAGAAAUACUUUCUUCAUACCGUCAAUCAGCAACCCUAAUCCAUUUGACAACGGAACAUUUGUUUGGGACGAAGAACUUGCCAAAGUACAAGGAGUGAGUAUUCACGGUGAUCGACUCAAGAUAACGACCGUUCUAGCAUCAGGAGAGAGAAAGUAUCAUGUGUCUUUCUCUGGAUUCAGAGCUUACUUUGGACUAACUGUAACCGAGGUGACACACAAAACACCAGAGGCCAUCCUAAACCCACAAAGUGUCGAGAAAUCACUCGGAGAUACACUUGUAAUGAUGUGUGUGUUCCAGGGCUGCCCCACUCCAAAUGUCAUGUGGUUUCAUAACGGAGAACCUGUACAAGCGGACGGUGUCGCAAUCAAGAUAUCGCAAUUUUCGCAGUCUACGUUUACAACAUCUGAGCUGAUCAUUCCAGUGAUGAGGGAAGAAGACACGGGAAGUUAUGUUUGCCAAGGAGAGAACGGGGAAGACCGUGUAGUCGACUCUAUGGUUGGAACUGUAACAUUAGUCUCGAGCACAAAACUAGCAAAGAGGUCGACUGAAGAGAAUCCUCUCUGUAGAAGCAAGACACCCUCUGAUACUGUGACUAUUGUUGGGCGAGUACGGAGAGAAUCAGUGAAGCUCAACACGGCUAUCUCAACAGUGUAUAGAAUGAGUGUGGAGAGUGUGAUCUCACCUAACUCUCAGAGAUUAUCACAGAGAACUGUACGUACAAUUGUACUCGACCAUAACAUUGAAACUGAACAUAAACUCAACAACAAUGGACUGUAUAUUUUACAAGGAAAACUACGAGACAAUACGUUUUUCGUAGCAUCGCACGACUCGAUAUUAAAUCAUUCCUUAGAAUUGGAGCAUACGAUUCAGCAGUGCUGAAAUCGUUACCAACUUAUGUUGCUUUUUUAAUCCAUGUCCUUAAUUUAUUCACUGGAAAACUUCAGAAUUCACUGUAGUAAUUGAAGCACUCAACAACCCACCCUCCUCCCUCAGCUCACAUGAUCUGUGUAAUUUGACUGACCCUACAUGUGACUCACACACAAAACCACUUAUCUCAUUGGUGUUUUGUAUCUGUCAUUUCUGUGUCAUAGACUUUUCCAAUCUCAUUUUAUUUUUUUGUGUCAUUUUUUGUUUUAUCAUCAAUACUGGUAUAGCAAGCACACUGUUAUAACCUUGACUUUUAAUGAUAUAAUAAAGUGAA